CCGCUAGGUCAGGGGUCAAGGGUGACCCAAGAUGGCGGCGCCCUAAGCGUUAGGGGCGUGACGCGAAGGAUGCUGGCGGCGGCCGAGGCUCUGCUGGGGCGGCGGCUGAGGUGGCCGGUACCGGUUCGCGAGCACUGGAGACCGGCCGGGCAUUCACGGAGCCGGCGGGAGGCGGCUGAGGCCGAAGGGGACGCUCCGGUAUUCCAGUACGUGGGCUCGCGCGCGACUCGCGCGGACCGCGUCUUUGUGUGGGGCUUCAGCUUCUCGGGGGCUCUCGGAGUGCCCACCUUCGUGGUGCCGUCCUCGGGGCCCGAACCCCGUUCCGGCCUGCGGCCGCGACGCAGAAUCCAACCGGUUCCCUACCGCUUGGAGUUGGACCAUAAGAUUUCCUCUGCUGCCUGUGGCUAUGGAUUCACAUUGCUAUCUUCAAAGACCAAGGAUAUUACAAAAGUUUGGGGGAUGGGACUCAACAAAGAUUCUCAGCUUGGAUUUCACAGGAGCCAGAAGGAUAAAACCAGGGGCUAUGAGUAUGUUUUGGAGCCCUCGCCUGUCCCGCUGCCCCUGGAUAGACCUCAGGAGACAGAGGUGUUGCAGGUGUCCUGCGGCCGGGCACACUCCCUUAUCCUGACCGACAGAGAAGGUGUCUUCAGCCUGGGUAACAAUUCCCACGGGCAGUGCGGACGGAAGGUGGUGGACGAUGAAGUGUACAGCGAGAGUCACAAAGUGCACAGGAUACAGGACUUUGAUGGACAGGUGGUCCAGGUUGUCUGUGGUCAGGACCACAGCCUGUUCCUCACAGACAAAGGUGAAGUCUAUUCUUGUGGAUGGGGUGCCGAUGGACAGACCGGCCUGGGUCACUACAACAUCACCAGCACACCCACCAAGCUGGGUGGAGACCUUGAAGGGGUGACGGUUGUCCAGGUCACGACCUAUGGUGAUAACUGCUUGGCUGUGUCUGCCGAUGGAGGUGUCUUUGGCUGGGGAAAUUCUGAGUACCUGCAGCUGGCUUCGAUCACCGACUCCACACAGGUUAAUGUCCCCCGGUGCCUGCCUUUCUCUGAAGUAGGCAAAGUGAAGCAGGUGGCUUGUGGUGGCACAGGCUGUGCUAUAUUGAAUGAAGAAGGACACAUUUUCGUCUGGGGCUAUGGAAUUCUUGGGAAAGGACCAAAUCUCUUGGAAACAGCUCUUCCAGAAAUGAUUCCACCUACGCUCUUUGGCUUGACGGAGUUCAACCCUGAAGUCCGGGUUUCCCAGAUCCGAUGUGGGCUUAGUCACUUUGCUGCACUCACUAACAAGGGGGAGCUGUUCGUGUGGGGCAAGAACAUCCGAGGGUGCUUGGGGAUCGGACACCUGGAAGACCAGUACUUCCCAUGGAGGGUGACGAUGCCCGGAGAGCCAGUGGACAUGGCGUGUGGUGUGGAUCACAUGGUGACCCUGGCCAAGUCAUUCAUCUGAAUCUCUUCCCAGGCUCAUCUCAGUCUGGCCCCAGCCUCCGAGCUAUACUGACAGCAGCAGCUUGGCAGAGGCAGGGUGUGGACACCAGCAGAGCUUCUGAGGGUAUUGGAGAGAGCCAGGGCCUUUGUGGAGCAGGAUGCAGCGUCUGUGUCCUCAGUGGGGACUUUACACUAGGCAGUGUGUGGACAGGGCCCUUCCCUGGCCGAGCCUCUUGCCUUCUGAACUGAGCACAGGAUGGCUACCACCGGCUUGGCAUGCUCCUGAGGACCUUGGCUGGCCAGGCCAGUUCUCUUUCCAGGUAAUACAUGGUGGCACCUGGGGACUAGACUCUAUUAUUAGGGGAAGUUCACUCUUCAUGACACAUUUGAUGUUAAGAGCUUGGAGACAUGGCAAGGCGCUCAGAAGAACUCUCCAUCCCUUGUCACAACAACACACACUUGGGUCUCUCGCUGGCCCUAGCUCAGCAAGAGAGCCAGCUGACUUCAGCAAGGGCUUCUCUGAUCAGCUGCCACCCCACAAAGACAGUCCAGGAGCCCAGAAGGCCUUGGCUUGAGACUCUUCCUGUAGCGGCUGCUGUGAACCAGCCUUCUCCCAGGAGUCUGCAGUACCCCAGCUUUGGAACCUCCUCACUGCCUGGUUUAACAGUCCUGAAGCCCCUGAAGAAAGAAGCUGCAGGCCAAAUGUUUGUGGGCUUAGGGCUGUGGAAUCUUGGCUGGAGGGCCAGCCUUGGAGUAGAAAGCCUCAGGAACUGGGAAAAAUAUUUGUUUUUAAGAAAGUUUGUCUUUUGCUUUCAGAACAGUGUUUGAAAAGGUUUUUUGGAAUAAAGUCUAUUUUCUGCUUUUUUAAAGAA